CAUGUGCGUGUUUGUACAAUUGUCUUAUUUCUUGUCAGUACAUAGAUCAAAUGUACACACUACACAGAAGUCAGAUCCAGAUGUAGGCAUAGUUUAAUCCCGUUUUGGAUGUUCAUUUCGAAAAUGAACCCUAUAAUCCGGAGUUUCGCACUUUUUUCUGUUUGUUUCAUCUUCUUGCUGGGAAAUGUAUUCUCAGAGGAAAGUAAAAUUGUUAAAUAUGACACUCAAACUUUCACAGAAAACAUCAACCUGAAAAAUCACUUCGUGAUGUUCUAUGCUCCUUGGUGUUCACAUUGCCAGCGCCUCUACCCUAUAUGGGAACAACUUGCUGAUCUACUUAAUGAAGAAGGUAGUAGAGUUACUAUUGCUCAAGUUGAUUGCACAACAGAAACAGUACUAUGCGCUCAACAAGAUAUUACAGGAUAUCCGACGCUUAAAUAUUUCAGCCCUGACAAGUUGGAACCCGUUAAAUAUAAAGAUAUUCACUUUUUAACACACUUGACAAUGUUUCUAAAUGUCCAGAUGGGUUCGAGUCUUGGGACAGGUGAAUUAGAAGAGGUCGAGAAUGUUGGGGUGAAAGAACUAACUGAUGAUAAUUACACAGAUCAGUUAUCAAAAGGAAAUCAUUUUGUUAAAUUCUAUGCUCCUUGGUGUGGCCACUGUCAGAAGUUAGCACCGACAUGGGAAGAAUUAGGCAAGACCUAUGUGAAACAUAAAGAAGUCACGAUAAAUAAAGUUGAUUGCACUGUGAACAAACAGGCAUGCAGAAAUUUUGGCAUCAAGUCGUAUCCCACAUUGUUAUGGAUUGAGAAAGGUCAACAGAUAGAUAAAUUCCAGGGCCAGAGAAAUAUAAAUAAUUUCAAACAUUAUAUAGAAGAAAAGUUAAUUCAGCUUAACAGCAUGGCAGACAAAAUCACAACCGAAGAUGUGCAGCAACCUUCUAGUCCAGUUCUGUCUUUGGUUGCUUCAAAUUUUAAGUCCACUGUCUCCAAAGGAUUGACAUUCAUCAAAUUCUUUGCUCCAUGGUGUGGUUAUUGCAAAGGCUUAGCCCCAACAUGGGAGGACCUUGGAAAAAAAAUUUCCUCCUAUGAAAAUAUAAUUAUUGCAAAAGUAGAUUGUUCCUCUAACCUGAACAAGGAACUUUGCAGUGAGCAGGAAGUAAAUGGAUUUCCAACACUUAUUUUGUACAACAAUGGUGAAAAGGUAGAGGAAUAUACAGGGCUGAGAAGCUUAGAGGAUUUAUUUGAAUUUGUCAUCAAACAUGCCAACAAAAAUCACGAUGAACUCUGAAUGAAGUUUUAUUAUUUAGUAAUAUGAUCUAAGUAUUGAAAAUAUAGUAGUAACUAUUUUUUCUUUCUUAGAAUUUUCUGUAAACUGUGAUUUCAUCAACUGAUCCAUAGUCUACAUCUGUGUUAUAAUUGAUCUAAUUUUAAUUUAAAACUGGUUAUAAUAAUAUGACACUUUAUAUAUUAUACUUCUAUCCUAUGUAUAUACAUUUCUAAACUUCAUUUAGCAUCGUCUAAUCCAUACAAAUUAUAAUAUAUCAUAUUGUAAUUAUUGUUAAAAUUGUCAACCGAAAGAAAAAAAAUCAAAACAAUUAUUUGUAAGUAUAUAAUAAUUGUACUGUCAUUGUAUUUUUUACUCAAACGAAAUUGUAUAGAUACAACUGUAUAGAUUUAAAUAAAAAUAUCAAAUUUAUUAACAAUCUUAUCAUAACUAUGAGUACAUAGUAUAAAAUAAUAAAUUUUAAGUUAGGAAUUUGUAAAUACAUGUCUGAAAGAGGGCUAAAGAUAGUUUCAUUUGAAGUGGUUAAUUGAUUCCACUAGUGUCAAGGAAUGUAGCAAAUGAUAAAUAUAUAAUUGUACUGUCA